CGGCGGCAGCGCAGCCUCUGGGGGCCCGAUCUCGGGCCCGACGAGCAGGUGGAGCGCGGAGAGCAAUGCUGUGACGCGGUGGCGGCGUCGGCUACUGUCCCGCCGUCCCCGCCUCUCCGAGCUAGCAGAACCCGCCGGCGGCGGCGGCGGCGGAGGGGACGCCGGACCAUGGAGAUGGAGAACGUCCUGGCCAACGCGAUGCUGCUGAAAGCGCGCUUGAGAGGAUAUGGGAAAAAAAAUGGUCGCAGUAAGAAAUGGAGGGAGAUGCUGAAGCUGCCUCUGGUCAGCCAGUGCAAGGAGCUCCGAUCCUCCAUUGAAAAGGAUUACUGCAGUCUUUGUGACAAGCAGCCCAUAGGAAGACUUCUCUUCAGGCAAUUCUGUGACACAAAGCCUAAGCUAAAGAGGUGCAUUGAAUUCUUAGACGCAGUGGCAGAAUAUGAAGUUGCUGAGGAGGAGGACCAAAGUGAUUUUGGACUGUCAGUCUUAAAUAAAUUCUUCAGUAAAGAGUGUGCAGUCCUCUUACCAGAAGUAACUUCCAGAAUGGUGAAAGAGUGCAGGGCGCAGCUGCUGAAGGACCCUUCCAAGACAGUCUUUGAGGAACUUACCAGAGUUGUCCAUAAAUAUUUAAGUGGGACACCAUUUGAAGAAUACCAAGAAAGCUCAUAUUUUUCUCACUUUUUACAGUGGAAACUGCUGGAAAGGCAACCAGUAACAAAGCACACGUUUAGGCAUUACAGAGUUCUAGGAAAAGGCGGAUUUGGAGAGGUGUGUGCCUGUCAAGUACGAGCCACAGGAAAAAUGUAUGCCUGUAAAAAGCUGGAAAAAAAACGGAUAAAGAAGAGGAAAGGUGAAGCUAUGGCUCUAAAUGAGAAGAGAAUCCUAGAGAAGGUGCACAGCAGAUUUGUGGUUAGUUUAGCCUACACUUACGAAACCAAAGAUACCUUGUGCUUGGUACUCACCAUCAUGAAUGGAGGGGAUUUGAAGUUUCACCUUUACAACCUGGGCAAUCCUGGAUUUGAUGAACAGAGAGCUGUUUUCUAUGCUGCAGAGGUAUGCUGUGGCUUGGAAGAUUUGCAGAAGGAGAGAAUUGCAUACAGAGACUUAAAGCCUGAGAAUAUUCUCCUCGAUGAUCGUGGACACAUCCGGAUUUCAGACCUUGGCUUAGCCGUGGAGAUACCAGAAGGACAUUCGGUUCGAGGACGCGUUGGAACAAUUGGCUACAUGGCCCCUGAAGUUAUCAACAAUGAACACUACACAUUUAGUCCUGACUGGUGGGGACUUGGCUGUCUUAUAUAUGAAAUGAUUCAGGGACAUACACCAUUCAGAAAAUUGAAGGAGAAAGUCCGGCGAGAGGAGGUCGAUCGGAGAGUCAGGAAGGACACUGAGGAAUAUUCUGAGAAGUUCUCAGAAGCUACCAGAUCCAUCUGCAGAAUGUUACUCACCAAGAACCCACAAGAACGGCUGGGCUGCAAGGGUGACGGCGCAGCUGGAGUGAAGCAGCACCCUGUGUUCAAGGACAUCAACUUCAAGAGGCUGGAAGCAAACAUGCUGGAUCCCCCCUUCUGUCCCGAUCCCAAAGCAGUGUACUGUAAGGAUAUCUUGGACAUUGGGCAUUUCUCCACGGUCAGAGGCGUCUACCUGGACACCACAGACAACAGCUUCUAUGCUCAGUUUGUUACGGGGUGUGUCUCCAUCCCCUGGCAGAAUGAGAUGAUCGAGUCUGGAUGUUUCAAGGACAUCAAUGAAAGUGAAAAUGAUGACACUUUUCGGUCAGAUAUAGAAGAGAAGCAACUUGUCCGGGUUUCCAAACCAAAGAAAGGCUUCUUCUAUCGACUCUUCAGGCGUGGGGGCUGCCUAACCCCUGGCUACAGUGAGCAGGACCCGGAGCCCAUGAUGCGCCAGGACCCCACUGCAGCCACAGACCUGGCACCAGGAAGGAGCGCCCAAGGUGUCCCACCCGGCCCUGAAUUGUAAUAAACAUCACAGUUUAAAACGUGCCACAGGAGUUUACAGAUUCUUCCAUGUUAACGCCUGGGUUGCCUUUCCACCAAAGCUGAAUCAAAGGAA